AUGCAGCACAACACUGGUAAGGGCUGUCAGGGUAGGGUUAGGGUUCUCUGCUUGCUCCUCCCACUCCUCCUCUCCGGCUCUGCCCUGACCUCCAGCAUCAGGACUCUAGAUACAGUAGAGGAGCUUGCAGACAUCAGCAUUGAGUUUGGAAAAGCAUUCCCCCGCCACGGACUCCACCUGCUCCACUGGCUAGCUACCACAGCAGAGUUCAUACACACUGAUUUCAUACAGCUGGUAAACAUUGAGCCAUCUCGAGGGGAUUAUGGCUUCCAUCGCUAUGACAACGCACAGGGUAUCCUCCCCUCCUUAGGUACCAUAGGCACUGAUCUUCCUCAGUAUUUCUCCCUGGGAAACCUCGAUACCAAUACUCAUCCUCGCAGCAGACAAUUGCCAAGCUACGUCACAGAGGACUCUUACAACAGUCGCGGUGAUCCAAACUGGAACCGGGACAGGAUCGUUGUCCAGAUCUCCAGGGACAACCGAACCAGCGCGAGUGGAGACCCUGUGGCACAGGUGCAGGUCUUCAUCACGCCGUGCCAUCAUGCUGGAUCUCCUCCCCAGGCCUGUGUCUAUGACGGAAACAGCACCUUUGAGGUGAGCCUUCAGCUCCUGGGGGAGAUUCCCCAGCUCACGCUGGACGCCUUCCUGCGGCAGGCCGGUUACGACGCGUACAUCAGGGACGCACUGCACGCCCAGAGCCUUGGGUGCACGUGGCGGACGCAGAGAGGGGACAGCGUUGGGGGCGCAAUGGGCGAGUGUGAGGCGCCCAACGUAAGGCUGGAGGUGGUGACCUCCCCUCACCCUGGUUACGCCUGGAUCAGCUGGAGCGGGAUUCCACGGACCACCCUGGAGAAGGGCGUUGUCAUGACGCUUCGCUCCAACACGGAGGGCUCGGGGGAGGUCUUCCACCGCAGCAUGGACGGGCAGUGGACGUCUGGGGUCAUGGCCACCCCGUUGCGUCUGGACACCGGGCUGCAGGUCACCCUCGCGCAGCUCGCCGGGCCUCAGUCUGGCGUCCAGCUCUGGGCAGGCCCCGAAUUCGACGAGACCAACGGGAAACUUCCGACUCGUGGAUACGACGCCAGUCUGCAGCUGUUCGUCAAACGAGGCAAGGCCUGCGUCCGCCUCUACAUACGAAAGACCUUCAGCGAUUGGAUGGCCGUGGGAAGAUUCGGACUCUCGUGGGUGGCGCUGUACAAGAGCAGCUCCGACAGGAGCAUGAGUACGCAAACGUGGCAGUGGGUCGUCAGGUUCACGAGGAACGGCGGGAGAGACACGGAGGCGUACGAGGCUUACGAUUACGAAUCUAACAUGGACAUCAGGCUCGAGGUGCAGGCGCGGUUCUUCCUGGGUAGGGCCUACUCCAGUGAGAGGGCCCGCACAGCACCCUGGGACGUGCGGCGCCAACCCCCUCAGGUCCGGUUGGAGGUGCAGCCUCCACCCUGGUGUGGAGCGGGACUGUAUGAUGGACCCAGACCGCUAAAAAAAGAGUCACAACUCUAAAUAUAACCCCACGCCUUGAAUUGAUGAUCGACGUAUUUAGAAAGUAUAGUUAGUUAGACUGACUUACUGUAAACAAUUAAAUACCAUCUAACCAUGUCACAGAAUUCCACAGGGUCCACACACAGGGCAUACUGCACUACGCAGCUGUUAUAGUGAUAUUAACAAAUAAAAGUGCUCCUGCUCCUCUGAAAAUUCCAUCGUGAACAAAAUGAUGGUUGCACACUCUGCAAUAGAUGAUAAUAGCACAACACCUUUUGCUGUGAUAUUUGUAAAUAAA